AAAAUAUAUGUUAAAUCCAACAUGGCGGACAUAUGGCAUAGGUAGAACCCCACAAUAAGUCUAAUUAUUUCUUCUCUUUGAGGUGACGCAUGAAAUAUGCAGUGUGCUUUGUUCCUGCAAACCAUGAUUACUGAUUCUGGGAAGGAUAACGACUUCCUUCCAGUUCAGAUGAAAAGGAGGAAGCCAUGGAAAAAAGUGCUAUAUGAAGACCAAGGUGUUCCGGAUAAUUAUGUAGACAAGUCGUUUCUUGAUGAAAUGAGGAAAAAUCGUGAGUACAGCACUUUAUGGAUGAGGAUCUAUAUCAAAUUGCAAUCUCUAGUGUACCGAUUUUGCGAUGCUCUGUAUUGGUGUGCUGCAUGUGCCCCAUUCGGUUGUAAAGAGAUUCUACGCUGAGCAGCCGUCAAAUAUUGAAGUUUAUGAGAAUUUUGGCAACUGAUAUGUUAUUUGGUUCCUUCUCAAGAAUUUGAAUAUAUUUUUGGAAUGAUUUGAAGCCUAUGCAUGCUUAAUUUGAAAACAAAUUAUCGGGCAACCUAUAAGAUAUCUGCAAGUACGAGUUUAAAUGUGAUUUACGAAUGUGCGGUGUAGCUAGUUGAUCACGUUGUGGUUCAAUUUAUCAUGGUUUCAAUUAUUUUUUUGAAAUGUAAAUGUCAUAUCAGAUUUUACUAAGCCUGAAGACGACAGAAAAAGAGUAGCUUAGGAUAUGUUGACCCACAACAGAUAUAGAUUUGACCGACAUGAAAAGCAAAUGAAAGUUAAAGGUAAAUUUCUGAUAAACUUUUAGUAAAUACAAGAACCUACCAGUUCUGGUCAGUGGUUUCAGAGUCUGGAGCAGUUUCUCAACAGCUUAGCAGGUUAGAGGAGUAAAAGUUACAUUUUUUUGGAGGGCUGAUGUACUGAUGUCUGGCUGUUUGUGUCUUGACAGCUAAGACAAUCCAAGUAAGAUCAUCAUGCUAGCAGUGGUUCUGAUCCUAUUCCAUGCACCAAUUUUAGAAAAAAGUCAUGCACAACUUGUAAUAUGAACAGUAUUUCACACGUCACCAAUUAAAGAUGGAGAACUUCAAAUCUCACCUUACCUUGCGUUUCUGUAAAUUCACACAUCACAUAUUAAUUUUGGGCUUAAUUGUAAGUUUUAAAAAUAGAAACCCUUUGCCACCUUCAGGGAGGGUUUUGAUGAUCAUCUUAUUAUGCUUCCUAAAUCCACAAGAAAUCAUAUGCCAGGGGGGAAAAAACCCAAAAAACAGGAAAACCUUUAACAGUUGUCAAUAGUAAUACUGUAUUCUUCAAAACUUAUGCACUAAAAUUUUUGAUUAUCCUAAAUCUUUCUUGAGUCAAUAGUCACAAACUUAGAUUUAAUGAAAUUUGUUUUCUCCGAAUUCUUUAGAAUAAUGGUACUACCAUAUACAUAUUAUUUAUUUUUCUAUUUUCAGUGUUUGUGUAUUUGUAGCAGCUUUUGUGUACAUGGACUUUGGUUACUUGUCACCCUCUUUGCUGUUUGUGGCUUCCUCUCUGUUAACGCUGGCUGGAUAUAUUCUUUUUGAUCUUUUGGAUGGAGGAGCAUUAAGAUCUGAAUCAAACAGAACUAGUAAGAUUUUUUUAAAAGCAUACUGGAAAUAAACAUGAUUUAGUGCUUCCAUCAGCUUUUCUUUUCAGUUUGGGAGAGUGGUUAUAAAGCUGAACAAUGAAUCAACAGGUUCAGUUAACCCUCUUUUACCCAUUCAGACCAUAGAUAAGUAUAAAGAGGGUAAGUUUCCAAGGAAACUUUAGUGCUACGUCAGUUAAGAUAUUACAAGAUAAUUUGAUUUUAUUUAUUGAGGUGAUAAUGUUAAUUGACCACCAUAAAGAGGUUUAGAAACUCAUUAGGGUGGCCAAUUUUUUUUAUCAACUUAGUUGAUAAAACCAAAUGAUGAGAAGGUAUAGACCAACUUGGGGGGGGGGGGGAGAUGGGGGAAAUGACUAGAGGUUGUUUAUAAUGGUCUGGCCUCAUCCAUAUGCAUGCUCUCCAUCAGUUCACAGAAACUGAUGGUCAUAGAAACAGUAGGUGGUAAUCAGCCAAUUUUCUAUGAAUAAUAAAAAUUCAGUUAGGUCCCUCAGUUCUGCACAUGAUAUCUUGUACUUCAAGAUAGUGCUAGAAGAAAGAGAAACUGAUUUGUGAACCAUCUGUUAUUAGGAGGAUAGUGUGUGAGUAUUGGUAUUACUCAAAAAAAUGUUGUUCGUGUUUGCAGGAAUGGAUGACAUUAGAAUUUGUGUUGUGGUGCUGGGCUCUGUGUAUGUACUUUCCCCAGUUUUGAAAACCUUAACUGAUACUAUUAGCACAGACACCAUUUAUGCCAUGACGGUAAGGACUGGCCUAAGUAAGUUACAUUGUACAAUGAAUUUGUAUGAAAGAAACAAUGUGAAAAGUGGAUUACUCUGUGGCAUCCAAUCUGUUUUUUAUUUUUUAAGUUUUAUAAUGGCCACCAGUCAAAUUAUUCUGAAUCAUGACUAAAAAAAUGUUCACAACUAUUUUAAAAUAUACAAGUUGUCUUUCACUUUCAUCCUUGGCUUAAAUGUUCACAAGUCUUCCUUUAUUUUACUAGUAUUUUAGAAUUUUUCAGUCAUGUAGUUUGCCUACAUCUUUCUUACACCUUCACAAGUAAUGUAUGUAGCAUUGUACAUCACACUUGUGAAUGAUAAGUUAUGAAUUGAUCCAAAAAAAUAAAUUUGCAAUGAGUAAUUGCAUAAAUUAGAGCCCAAGAGAGGAAUUUAGUUGUCAGCAGUGGUAAAACUCAAUUUACCCUGAAAAUAAAUACUUCUUAGGUGCUAUUACCAAAUGUGCUAGAUAUUGAGUCAUAUGGUGGGAGUGAGAAAAUUUUUAGAGAGUUCUCACUCCCCAAAUCUGAUCUCAAAUAAUAGCUCUUUCAGCAGAUUCUCUUGUUGCAUUUUUCUAUGUAGAUUGUUCACUCAGUUCCCUACUUUGAUGGUACUGUUUUUCUUAUUCAGACCUUCAUGCUUGGGAUGAACCUUCUUCUGUAUGACUAUGGAACACGUGCUGCAAUGUAAGUGAUAGAAACUAUGUGACCGUCGGCUAACUCAUAACUUAAAACCAUUAGUUAAGGGAAUAUUCUUUUCAGUUAGCUAAUUUUAAAAAAAUUGUUGGAUGUAAUUGAUUCUUUAACUUCUGUUCAAGUGCUAGGAUGGCAGCUCAUGAGCUGUGGGCAUUGAAUCUUUUUCCAGCUAACACAUGAAAGUUGUUUCAUUAUUUUUUGACAGAGUCUCAAGGUCUGCCUCCCUAAAUGCCUCCAUCUUUGCUUCAGUGUGUCUAGCAUCACGUCUCCCCUCCUCCUGGCAUGUCUUUGGGACUGUCACUUUUGCUAUGCAAUUGUUUGCUUUGUUUCCAUCACUGAGAAGACAGCUUAAGGUACACAUAUUUUUUGUCUUGUGAAAUUAUAGAGCAUUGUUCAAAUAACUGUUGAUAUUGAUCCAAGACUCUGUACUAUGUUUUUACCUCUCUUUGAUUGGUUUAGAAAACUUGUGGAACCAUCUCAACCAAUCAGGGGCAAAGCUUUAACUAAUCACACCUUCAUCAUUCACAUUUUUUCAUGCACAGCUUGGGCCUUUUACCAUUUUCUCUCUGAGUUCUCAUUGGCUCCUUGUUUUGUUUACCGUGGUGCUGAUUUGUUCUUGUCAGUAAUUAAUGUUGUUGGUUUUGCAUAUGAAAAGUGCCCUAUAUUUAUUUUUAUAAUAAAGUUCGGAUAUAUAACACGUGCUGUCAUUGGUUGAAAGAGUGUGCUCUAUGAGAGUAUAGAGCAUAGAGCUGAGCUAAAGCUGUCAUGCCAUCUGCCAAAUUAUACUAUGUUCAACCUUUUCCAGGAAUUCUUUUUAGCUUUUUUUGCGAUCAUUGAAAGUGAAAUUUCGGAACAAGCAAGCCGGCAAGUAGCAACAGAAGAACCAAACAUUUGUAAACAUACCAGGCAUCGUAUUUUAUGUUAUGAAAAUGUGAGCAGAUACGAAAAUCCUCAAAGGAAAAACAAAAUAGACAUUCCGAGUUUUAAAGAUUAAUUCACACUCAGUUAGAUUGCAAGCUUACCUACGGAAAUAAAAAUCAAACACAGCUAACACUCAUACAGUGUAUAAAGUUCAGUGUUCAAAAACAAAACAGAACAAAACAGAAAUGAUGAAAAAUAUAACCAAACUGGCAUAACUGUUAAAAUUCAUUCUAAUCAUGACGGUGUCUGAGCGAAAAUGAUCAUGCUGAAGUCCAUCGCGGCUCGCUCAUCAUGGUGAUCUCUGGUCAUCACAGUAAAGCAAGCCUCAGAAACUACAUUGGCCACCCUUCGAGUGAAAAAAUAAGAGCUUGCUCUGAUAUCCUUUCCGAUGCGUUGAGUGGAAAGUCACAUCUGUCACUGCAGCCGAGUUUUGCCGCACUGUCAUCCCUAGCAAUCUUCAUGUUCUGGUGAAUUCAGCUGUCAUUCACACUCGCCUUUAACAGUUUGUUUUCUACCUUGUCAUGUGAAAAAACUCUAGCUCUAGCCGCCUCCUGCGUGCUUUAUAACAGAACAGAGCACAGUCAAGGCUUCUCUAUUUGUUAAAUUGGGGUAUUUUCCAGCAACUUUUGUCAGUUUUUUGGAAAGUUGGUAUGUUCUGAAUAUACUCAAGAUUUGUUGUUUUCCUUUUAUUAAAAAUCAAAAAAGGUAACCAAAGGUUAUUCAGUACUACAGUGUAAUUUGUUUGUAGAUGUUCUACACCGUGUGAAGGGCAGUGUUUUUCAUAACCCUGUGGUGAAAAAGACACUGAUAGUUAGAAAAAGGCUCCUUGAAAAUGACUGAUGAGGUCAUAAUUUUUUGUGUUUUAAUUAUUAUUUAGUAACCAUGUAAGCUUAUAUUUGUUUCCUUUUGGCAGUGGUUUCAAGAAACAGUCUUUUGGCAAAUGUUGAAUAUGAGAAGGUUUUAAAAUUUGUGAUUUCAAAUUUUCUAUUUUAUGACCUUUGAAUAUUAUGGCACCAAAGAGAACUACCUAGGUAUAAAUCAAACAAAACCUUGGAUUCUUGUCUUGGUUUGUUAGGAUAAGAAAACACCAUUGAGGCAAAAUGAAUGAGCAUGGUUAGCAUAAAAAAGAUUGACACUCUUUACAAAAAAGAAAACUUGGAAAAUUUAGGGAAGAUAUUCAAGUCAUACAAGUUGUAAUGCAGCUCCUUAAAUUUUGAAUGAGAGUUUGAUAAUUGCUAAGUGACAGAUUUUUUACCAACAUUAUUUGUACCAAUUUUUUUCUUGCACCUUCUUUAGAUGCAGCUACCAUCAAGUCAUGUUGUUUUGACCUGGACUCUGGUUCUAAUUGCUGUAGCAAUGCUAUGGCCACUUUCCCAACUGUUUGCAUUGUUGCUGGCUCUUGUUCACCUGGCUGUAACAUUUUUAUGUCCGUUCUGGUUAAUUAAAUUGCAGCGAUUCAAAAAGUAAGCAUGUUUGCAAAUGAAUCUAAGAAUUAGAAUAGAUUUUAAGAUUCAAAUGUUUUUAUAAUCUUGUAUCCUAAGUUAAGAUGACUCAGAGUUGCACUGAAAUUGGUAACUAACUGGCUGUUGUCAAUAGACAGUGAUUUUCAGUUGAUACCAUGAACUUAAAAUGAGCAGAUGGAAAUGUGGAAAGAUUUUGAAUAUUGUUUUGAUAGAGUUAAAUCGUUCUUGUGAUCCCCAUAAUAUAAUCUUUCUCCAGUCUUGUUGAGGACAUCCCAUGAUUGAGGUUUGACUUAGGACUCUUCUCUUCAGAUUUCUGCUCAAAAUAACUAACUAAGAAACCAUUGUUGCUUAACCCUUUACACCCUAACAUCAUUAUACAUAUAUUAAAGUUCACACGGCAACCAGGUGGACAAUCAGACAUAGUUUUUGGUUUGCAGAUUUAAUGAAUGUAACCGAAGAAGUUACAAUUCAUAGACCCAACGUUUCCACACUCCUGUGUAGUGCCUUCAUCAGUGAUCAUAUAAAAGGACUUCUUGUUGCAGCAUUUAGAUCACCCCUGAUGUAGGCACUAGACAGGAGUGUCGAAACGUUGGGUCUAUGAAUUGUAACUUCUUCGGUUACAUUCAUUAAAUCUGCAAACCAGUGUAGCAUCAAACUAUGUCUUAUCAUUAUACAUAUUCUCUAUACUGUUCUCCAUACAUUUCUUAAGGUGCUUUCAAGGAGAAUUUGUUUAACAAUCAAGAGCUUCUUUAGUCACUGAUCAUUUCCUUUAUUCUCAUGACCUUGAUGUAUGAUUUAGAGGUGAUAUUGUAGUGAGGAAUUAGAUGCUAGUCACUCUUAGGUGUUAAAGGGUUAAUAUGCUGUGGCCUAAUGGCUAGUACACAAAACUCCAGAUCAGAAGGUCUGAGGUCAAGCCUAAGCUGGAUCAGUGGGUGGUGUUCUUGGGCAAGGCACUUCUCUCAGAGAGGGAUUCUCUCUGUGGAGGACCAUCGAUAAGUACCAGCAAACUUUCAGGGAUACUUGAUAAAAUGUUGGGGGGAGGCUUUUGCUGGAUUGCUUAGUUUCCAAGCCCCACUUCAAUGUAGCUUUCUCAAACUGUGCAAACUCAAAGAGGUGUUUUAUGCAGAUUGUUGAAAAAAUUUAUGAUUAUAAAACAAUUACUAAAUUUGGUUUUCACAUGAUAUCAUGUAUUAUAAAACCUUGCAUCUGUGUCAUCUACCUUAGCCUUCUGCUUUGGCAGAUAACUCAGACCUUGGCUUUGAUAAUUCAUGAUAUCAUGCUCAACCUCACUCAAUAGUUGCUACCUUGUUGGCAUCAGUUGGUUGGCUAAUUCCUUGUUGUUGUAUUUUAUCUCUGUAGUAAUAUACAUGGUCCAUGGGAUGAAGCUGUUAUUGAAGAAUAGCUUGAGGCAAAGCAGAAAUAACUAUGGUCAAAGUUCCAUAGGCUGUUUUAUUCUCCUAACAUGCGUAUGUGGCAAUUACACAUACCAUCCCAACUGUCAUUUCAGAAAGAUGCCUAGAAACACCCCUUCUGUAAUUUAACAUAAGCCUACCUUCCAUAUGUUUGGAUGUGAGAAACUUUCGUUUGCAUGGAAGCAAUUUUUCCUUGCACAAUGGCACUUUGUGAGCAGGCAAAAAAGAUGAUAUUUGUUGUUGCAUGUUAUUUCUCAUGGAAAAAUUACUAAAACGACAGGACUUUAUGUGCUCAGCCUAUUUUUAUUGACUUGAAUCCAAAUUAAGGAAAAUAUUACUUACAGUGUACCAAUAGAUUUUCAUUUCUAUGUUAUGCACAUUACAUCAUUUACUGACAAAAUUGAUUUUUCAUCAGUUUCCACUUAAGAAUUUUUCCUGAAGGGAAGUUUUAUUAUUCUAGC